UUGGUUGGUCUGAACCAAUCCAAAAGUCCAAAAGAUGCUAGCAGUCACGCGGCGAUCCUUCCACCACGUACCCGUGCUGCCGGCGGAGACGCUCGCCUUCUGGGUGCCGGCGCACGCCCGGACGUCGCCCGCCGUCUUUGUCGAUGGCACAGCCGGCCUCGGCGGCCACUCGCGGCUCUUGCUCGAAGCCCACCCGCAGGCGCAACUGCUCUGCAUCGACCGGGACCCGCAGAUUCUGCACAUGGCACAAAAGCGUCUCGCUUCGUUUGGCGCCCGCGUGCGCUUUGCCCAAGGCUCGUACUUGGACAUUGCUUCGCACCUGCGCUCGGCCGGCUUGCCGAGUGAGGUGGACGGCGUCCUCGUUGAUCUCGGUGUCAACAGUCACCACCUGGACUCGGGCGACCGGGGCCUUAGCAUCUACCACGACGGCCCGCUCGACAUGCGCUUCGACCAGUCCAACGCAGAUCUGUCGCCCGCGUCCGUUCUCGUCAACACACUCUCCGAAGUGGAGCUCACGAAAGUGUUUAAAAUGUACGGGGAAGAGCCUCUGGCCAAAGAGUACGCCAAGGCGAUCAUCCGGCGGCGCGAGACCGAGCCCUUUCAGCGCACGGAGGGCUUAAAACGCUGCAUUGAAGCCAUUGCAGACAAGUGGAAGCCCAAGUCUGCCAAGGCGAAGAAGCAGUUUGUGCAUCCUGCGACGCGACUCUUCCAGGCGCUGCGCAUUGCUGUCAACCAAGAACUCGAUCACGUCGAGAAAGGGAUCCCGGCCAUGAUGGACUGCCUCGCGCCGAGCGGCCAGCUGGCUGCCAUUGCCUUUCACUCGCUCGAAGAUCGGUGGAUCAAGCGCUACUUUCGGGACGCCGUUGAAAUGGACGACGACGACAUGGAAGAGCGUUGGCCCCAUAAGCGAUUCGAGGUCGUGCAAAAGCGAGCCGUGCAGGCGACCGACGCCGAGGUUGAAGUGAACGCGCGCAGUCGCAGCGCCAAGCUGCGUGCGAUCCGUCGCAUUGCCUAGUGAUCAAUAAGAACCCAACCAUGACGUGGCAUCCCGAAA